CUAUUAUCUACCUCUUUGGUAUCCAGGAGUGAUCGUCCGUCUCUGCCAGAGGCGUCAACACGGUCUCCAGAAACGUGGCGACACAUGUGCACUGCCCAGAUUCACCACCCACUGACUAUUGUCUCUUGCAUCUGUGGUCUAAACCCUCAUCGUUCUCCACACUCUCAACUCAUGAAACAUCUAACCCGCUUUCUCCGCACGUCCCUUUCUUUCAGAGAGAAGAUCAUCAGGAGUCUUUGCGUUCCUGCUUUUCCGAAGCUUUCAGAAGUCUUCAGGAGGAACUUGGACCUGUCAACCUUCGUGCUGCUCUUCCUGCUGCUGUUGGCGGUGAUCACCGUAGCCACCGUCGCGGUGAGCAACAAGCAGUGGCUGAGGAAAACCAUCGGUGCCAUCACAGUGACCCAGGCCACCACUCAACGCCGCAGGAAGAUGAGGACCAUCAAGAUGAUCGUGCUGCUGGUGGUGACCUUUGCCCUCUGUUGGUUUCCCCUCAACGUCUACACCAUCCUGCUCUCCGACCAACGUGUCCAAUUCAACAACACCCUCUACUUUGCCUUCCACUGGGUGGCCGUGAGCAGCACCUGUUGUAACCCCUUCAUCUACUGUUGGAUGGACAACAGGUUCCGCUCCGACCUCAUGACCCUUCUGGCCAAGUGUGGGUGGAGAAGGAGGAGAGGAGGCAAGAUCCUGGUGCUCACCGCGGCCAGCGGAGACGGGAGGCAGUCGGGGGUGAGAUUGGAGGACGAGCCUGGCCCGUCCACGGAGAAUAUGAGUUGCUACCUUGGUGGGCGCAGGGGUAACAAUGGGGAGGUGAGUACAGUUUAG